GAGAGAGAGGGAGCGAGCGAGCGAGCGAGCGAGAGAGCGAAAACUUUUCAGUUUUAACGAGCCACAGGAACACGCCGGACCGGCCGCCAUGCAGGAUGAGUCUGGUGAGACUGAUGUGCACAAUGGGGCACCGACAUGGUUAUGCCCCUUGUGUCAAGAAAAACAAAUGAACCGAGAACAGCUCACAUCGCAUCUGACUGACAGACACAGUGUGCUUCCCGCCUGUUUGGACAGACUCCUGGACACGGACGCACUAAUACAGCGAGCUGCUGAAAGAAAAGCUAAAAAAGAUCCAGCCACCAAUCAAACCCAUCAAGAAAUGUCCCCUGCUCAGCCCGUUUCGCCAGAGGCAACAAGUACGUCUGAAUUUAGGACGGUUUACCAGCAAGAAAACAUCGAUGGGGGAGAUGAAGGGGACCAGGACGGCACAGAAGAUGACUUAAACCCUGAUGACGAAGGAACUCAACCUCCAAAGUUGUCUGAAAGUCUGGAUGACAAUGGUGGGACCACUGAAAAAAGCAACUUAACUCCAGUUGACCUGGAACUGGAGAAAAAUGCAAAUCCCAGACAUUCUUUUAAAUGUAACAUGUGCCUGGAGUCAUUUGCCUCUCGAAGCAAACUGAGUGUUCAUUACAGCUCAGCCACCCAUCGCCAGCGGAUGCAAACAGUUUGUGAACAGGGUGGUGACAAAGACUCUUCCAGCUCCCAGCCAGACCAAUCUCAGCCAUAUAUCUCGAGCAAACCCUACAAAUGUGCAGUCUGUCGUGUUUCCUACAACCACGCAAUCACCCUGGAGAUUCACUUGAAAUCUGUAUUGCAUCAGACUCGCAGCAGAAAUGCUGGGAAUUCUGCCAGCAGCAUAGCUGAUACAUGUGGAAGCAGAAGUAGUAGGAGCUCCGGAACUAAUACCACAGCUGCGAAGUGCACUGCGAGCUCCGGGAGUGAUGUUGCACAUAGUCCAAGUGUCACGGAGAGCAAUUGCAGUACCCAGGGAGGCCUAUCUGCCUCGACCAGGAAAACCAAAGAUGGAGAGCAGGUUCAGUCCCAUCCAGCUAUUCCUGUGCUUUCCUCUCCCGUGGCUUCCGCUCAGGCUCUUUCUACUUUUCUCACCCUCCUUCCAUCCACCUCCCACUCUUCGCUGAUGCCCCCGCUCAUCACUGCCAAUGCUGGUGCCUCCACAUUAACCACUGCCCCUCAACUUAUUUCCCAACAGCAGUUUCUCCUGCCGCUCUUCCUGAAUGGCCUCCAAAACCGGACCCCGGUCCUCGAAUCCUCCAGUCACAUUUUGACUCAGCCCGUCCCAUUGUUGGAUAUCAGUGCUGUCCAUCAGUCUCUCCUGACUCAGAGACUUGCUUUAGAAAGUCCAGAACUGGCAGUUAACGUUUCUUCGCUGCUAAGCUGUGCAGAAAAAGAGUGGAAGACCGUGAGAACAGGGAGUGGAGCACAGAAGGAGGAGAGCAAUAGCGGGAACACCGAGGCACAUGACAGUGUUUCUCUGAAGUGUGCGUCAGGCGAAGAGGAGGAUAUACGUGCAGAGGACGAGCCGAGAAAGUGCACAAAGAUCAACUGCACCUUAAACUCUGGAAAGAGCAGUGAAGGAAAAGAUGGUUCAAAUAACAAAAGUAGAGAAACGGCAGAAGAAAUGGAUCAGGUGAACCAUACCGUGGGAGAUGAUAAAGGAGAGAAUGAUGUGAAGUGUGACGAGGUGUGUGGAGAGUCUAGGGAUGUGGUGGUUCAGCCAAAUCUUCCAACAGUCCAAGCUGAUAGUACUUCUUUGAAUUUCAGGAUGUCACAAGCAAAAACCACACUCGGACUUGCAUUGGGUCCUGACACCAGUUUUCAGAAAACCCAUACUGACAAUAGUUUAAAUGCUUGCUUAACUGAUGUCUCAAAACGCACCUCAUGCUACAUGAGCAAUAAGCAAACUCCUCCCUCCAAGUUGGCAACUGCUGAGGCUGUGAACCUUAUAAAAAACCCUCAGGAUCCUGGUGCAGAUGUGAAACCUUCCAGCCCAAAAUCGUGUCCCCUUAUGUUGUCAGAGUUCCAGUCGCAGGUGUUGUGGGCCUUCCUCGAGUCCCGUCGCGAGGCGGCUGUGGCCGGCUCUCCCCAAGAGGACUGCGAGGCACUGGCCAGAGAAGUGGGCCUUAGUGAGGGUGAAGUACGCAAAUGGCUUCAGGAUGCUCGAGAGGCUAAGGAGCGACAAAAAGAAGAAAGAACUCUAACCUCAGGGUUGAAGGCGGUGCCCAGAGAAACUGAUGCCAAGGGAAUUUGUGAGGCCAUGAAUAAGUUGCUGGAAGAAAAGAAAGUUGAUCUUCAGACCCUUCGGGGAGGAGAGAUUCCAUUGACUGCAAACCACGAAAACUGCUUAACUUCAGAAUCUGAUAAUGAAGAAUUUUACACCGCUGUUAUUGUGACAGAUGAGGAGAGUCAAAGCAGCCCUGCACGAGAUGAACAGAGCAACUCUGUGAAAGGAGAGCAGGCAGAGGAAAGAUCUGCAGUGGGGGGUAAGGGGUUCUGGUCCACCACGGUGUUUCUUUCCGAUCCUGAAGAUGAAGAUGAUAGUGAGGAGAGCAAGGACAGCAGAAUGAAGAAAAAGAGAAAGACACUCAUAGAAAUGGAAGAGUUGAACACCAAGAAGGAGAAACUAGAUCCUGAUAUAGACUUGGAGCUGGAGGCUCAGACCGACUCCCCGCCUCCACCCAUCUUUUCUCCACACCAUGAUGUGACCAGGAUUGGUGCCUUCGGCUCACACCCUCUCCCGCUCUCCCUGACACCUUUCGCAGCACGAUUCUUGAGCCCUACCAUUCUCUCACUCCCAGAGUCGGCCAGACUUGACCUUGCUGACGGAGGUGGAGAGCCGACUAAAGGAAACUCUGCCGCCUUCUCCAAGCUUUCAGACACUCACCCCUUCCCUGAUCCCCUGAAGGUGCCAGCUCCUGCCUCUUGUGCAGUUUUACCCAAGUCUCUGUCCUGCCACAGUAUCUACGAGUCUGCACUAGAUCUCAGUGUCGGAAAAAGCUACAGCUCAGCAUCGGCUUCAUUGACCUCUUCAUCCAAAAAUAAGAAUGCAGGCCAGCCAGGCCAGUUGGUAGAAACCCAUGGAUUAAAGCCAUCAAAUUCAGGGGGUCUCAUUGUGGUCCAUGUAAAGCCAAGCUCAGCCCUUGGAGUACCAACUUCCAGUUAUGGUACUGUGGGUGGCGGCACUAACAGUAAUAACAGCUUGUACAGGAAGGCUGCUGAACGACUGAGUACUACUGUGAAGGACCUGCAGAGUGUGAAAGCACAAGAUGAGGAGAAGGGACAUAAGAAUGUGAAGCCACGGCGACUGAGGGACAUGAGGCGUUCCAGAACGAUCAUCCAAACCGAACAGCUUGAUGUGCUCUAUGGCUGCUACUUCAAAGAUCCAAACCCUGGAAAGCAAGAGUUUGAACAGAUAUCGGAGUGGGUCCGUCUCCCGAAAAGGGUGGUGCAGAUUUGGUUCCAGAACAUGCGAGCCCGUGAAAGGAAGGGAGAGGUUCGCUUCCUUGGUGAUGGCACAUUGGCAGCAGUUGGUAAGCCACUAAUAAAGUUCACCUGGCCCCUUAAAAAGCCCAUUUUCUCCAAUAGCAACAAACCAAACCCUUCCUCCCUUGGUGGCAGCCGACCCAGCAGGCUAACUGUUGAAGCCGAAGUGGUGAAAUCAGUGGAUCCUUGCAGAAAAUCACCACCUAAGACAGAUGUAGGGAAAGACAAAGAAGCUCCUUCUUACUCAAAUGGAGCAACUCCCUCUUUUUCCAACACCAGCUCCCUAAUGUCUAAGAUGGAGCCACAGGCAUCUCCUAAGGUUAAAUCUGUCCCAAAGGCUUCACCUUCCUCUCUCCAUGCUACCAAGGGGGAGGCAUAUUCCUCGUGUCCAGCUCAGAAAAGUAAAGGAGGUAAAUCAUUUGACAGGGUUAUGAAGGUACAGGACAAUGCAGGCACGCAGAAUGAGUCUGAGAGGAGCGUGGUCAGGCCAGGACCUACCAACCGAAUGAUGCCAAAAAUGUCCUUCGCUCAUCUUCACAGGCUCGCUGGCUCCGAGUCUCUAAAACACAAUGGACUUAAUGUGUCUCCCAAAAGCCCGUUCAAAAUCAACACUUUGUCCAGAGAACAGUUGGGCCUGAAAACUUCGAGCACGGCCGCGUCCUCUUCGGCUUCUGCUACGCCGACAGGUGCUAAAAGUCACAAAGCGGAAAAGGCUGACUGCUUGCAGCACUCGACGCCGCGGCGACCUCGGACACUCCUCACCAACCUGCAGCUGUCCAUCCUGCAGUCGUGCUAUGAGACGUGUUCGCAUCCCCAUGCGCUGGAGUGCGAGGCCAUCGGGACCGAGUUGGGGCUCCCUUUAAAGGUGGUCCAGAUUUGGUUCCAGAACACUAGAGCUAAAGAAAAACGCUGGCGGCUCCAGCAAGAGAAGGAGGCUCCCAACUCCAGCAGCGCAGACCUCAGCUCGGCCAGCUACCUUCAGUACAGCGCGCUUCGAGCUAACCGCCCCAUCUUACCAAAUCCAGUUCAGCUUACCGUGUUGGAACCGUCGGCGUCCCCUGCUGUGGGUCAGCCGGCAGGCCAGGAAACCCUCCGAGGCAGAUGUGUGGUUUGUGGUGCGGAGUUUGACUCCAGAGCGGCUGCGAGAGUCCAUGUGUUUUCCCCUCGUCACCUGGCCUUGCUGAAAGCCACCAAUUUUGGCCAGUCCCCCUCCCCUGUCAGUCACAGCUCUGGCACCGCAUCCACUUCCCCAUUGUCAUCUCCUUCCUCAAAAAACCCAAUCAGCUAAUGUACCGACCUGCCAGCGCUCUAGAAGUAGUGGUCCUCUGGGCACUUUGCUUUCAUCGGACACACACCUUGGCAGGUUUGUAUCUUAAAUCUGGGAUUUUGGGUUCUCUUCUUGGUCAGAGAAACGACCACUUCUCUUGUGCUGGACAUUUUUUGUGCAUCAAAUUGGGUUAGUCACACUAGCAUUAACAAAGAUUAAUAUACACGGUGAUGCACUGUGGCCUGGUUAACGUCAUGAAAUGCUGUUCCUCUGCGUUUUUAUUCAGCAUCUGGCCCUUGUAUUUCUGGUCAAUCCUCACCUGAAAAUGUAUUUGCGUAAGAGUUUUGGAGUAAUAGUGGUGUUAAGGUGUAUCUACCAAAAUACAGCCAUCCUGCCCUAGCACCAUGGAGAGGAAAUCACCAACAGACAGACCGACCAAGGGUAAGAUGCUACAGUUAGACUGGUUCUACAGAACUUGGUCCAUACUGGUCAACAUGGACUCUGGUCGCUUCACACUAGUGGUACCGAAUUUUUAAAAUCAAAUGUUACAGUUGCUGCUCUGUUUUACUACAAGAAUAUGGUGUACAGUGGCCUUCAUUACACACAGUAAAACUGUAAAACUUGGGCCAGACCUGAUUGCUGCACAGUGAGUCUCUAUUCCUGCCUUCGACAUGUUUUAACAAAGGAAUCAAGAGCCAAAGUCAAAACUUAAAAAAAAAAAAAGAAAAAAGAAAAAAAAAAUUUGUAUAAACAUUUUAUAAAAGGUUGACAUAUAACAGUUUUAAUUUGUUCUUGCACCUAGCUUCUCCAUAGUCAAAUCUUGUUAAAAUUAAUGUAUUUAAAUUAACAAUUUCCUUAUGCCACACUCUCAUGGGAUAGAGUGAAGCUACAAAACAAAACAGCUUUUUCCUAAAAUAUUUUGACAUAUUAAUAAGGCUUGAACUAAAAGUAGCAUUUCAUUGGGUUCCACUGAAGCAGUUGGUGUGUAAGGUAAAGGACGAAUGCCCGUGGUAAAUAUAUUAUUAACUGGGAGAGGUUAGAGGAAAUGGCAAGAUGUGGUUGCUGGUUUACAUAAAAUAUUACAUGGCAUGUAUUUUAAGUUGUAUAUAUUGUCAAUUAUUGAUAAAAAUAUAACAAAAUCCAAAGCUUUUCUUCCUUGUUACUGAAAAAACCAAAAAGCAAUCAUGAGGUCGAACGUGGAAGAGUAUAAUGUUUUUAACACAAAAUGUACAUAAAUUUGACUCUUUUCAGCAACUUCCUGAUUUUAAGCAUGAGCUACAGAUGCAUUUUCAUUUAAUCUAAAAUAACAUGGAAUAUCUGGUAUUUAAGGUUUAGAUUAAGUUGCUCUGUUUUGAUUUUACGUAAGUCACUACACAAAAUUUGUGGCUCAUGAAGAAAAGCAGGAUGUUGCUAAAAAGACUGGAAACUCAGUGUUGCACUGAUUAUCUCCAGGAUAUGAUCCUUUGUGAGGAGCUCAACUUUUGAUACCUCAUGGAAUAUGUAUCAAAGUUCCCUAACAAAUGCUCAUCCCUUGUCCUGUACUGAGCACAACGGAGAUCUGUUUUAUAUUCUAGUCAUUUUUCAAUCACUUUUUAAAUCAUUGCUAUGACUGUACUAGUUUUGAUAAUUUUGAAUAUUGAUUAUUCAUCGCUUGUCAUCUCUAAACUACACAUGAAAUGGUAUUAAUGCUGACGACUGGUGGCUGUGUUUAUUAGGACAUUGAUUGAGCUUUUCACAUAUAAUUUUAUUCCUGCUUGAUCUCCCUUCAGUUUUCUCUGGUUCACUGAAAGGAAAUAAAACCUGUGGAACUACACGAAUUAUUUCUUCCUUGUGUGUUGACUUAACCCCCAGUCUUAUAUGGACAUUCAUUGGCUUACAAGCAGAAUGUGAGGGUAAAAAAUGUCUUAAGUGCAAAUUGUUGCGUUCUCCAAUGCUGUAAGUUACACAUUUUUUACAAAUUAUGGCCCAUUUUCUAAAGCAAACAGUUGGAUGGGAUAAAAUGAAUUUGUUAGUUAUGCCUCUGUUUAAGCUCUUAUGAGAGUGUACAAAUAGCACAUUGUUCAGAGAUGCAUUUUGGGAUGUUCUGCAUGUAUUUCCGCGACAAAGAACUCUUUAAGGUUUUACAAUGGAUGCCCCCAUAGGUGCAACUAAUAAAUGCAUAAGUCACUUGUAAUGGAAAGGAAAUAUUUUCCUUUUGGAAUCAAAACUAAUUGCACAAAUCCUUGUCCUCAAAAGAUAUGUUGGAUCAUAUUUGAGUUGUGCAAAUUGAUUUUCACCGUAAAUACAAGUUUUUGAAGGAGCUGCACAUUUUCUGCAAACCUUCAAAACUGAGUCACUGAGCGGUUCUUCCUACAGGAGGUUGCGCCGCCAACAUGGGCCCAGUGGCAGCUGUGUAAACACUGCUAGACAAUUAUAUAUUCAGCUGGUAGCCAGUGUUUGUGCAUAUUUUUAUCGAUUUUACAUACAGCAGGAUUUGUUCUUUGAUACUUUACUGCAGUUGCUCAACAAUCUCCUGUCAGCAGCCUGUGUUAUAUAUCCGUCAUUGGUCCAUAUUCUUCGCCAGAGAUUCUUUUCCAUUUGUGUGUUGACAUCGAUCAGCUGUCAAUAAGCCAUGACCCAUCAUCAAGCUCCAAAUUGUCCAGAUGUGGUAUAUUAUAUGUAUUUCAUAAUUUGACUU